ACAGGCUCUGCUCAGGUCUAUCCCAAGAAACGCAACUGGUGGAGCAAUAAGUAAUGGCUGAAGAACCAUAUGGGCGAUAACUUGCCUAAGCACAGACACCAAGCAGAGACAUAUCCCUAAGCAGAGACGGCAAUACUUUGAGGACUGUAAUACUUGAAGGAGUGCCACCAUAUUUCAGAACCUGAGAGAAGCAAGGUCACAAGAAAGCAACAACCCUCCAAGUACCCUCUCAGUUGGCAUGCCUGCGUCUCAAGAAGGAAACAAUCUGUUCAGAGCAAUCAUCUGUUCCAUUCCGUGUCUUCUGAAACUGGAUAUGUUCAGUCAGGAGGUUUAAAAGUGGACACAAUGAGUGUGGAGCCAGCAGGGAGUGCUAUGGGUGGUAAACAUCCGAAUUACAAUUUGUAUGGCGAGAUAGUGUCAGUCUGCUGGGCUGAGAAAGAGAAACACAAAUUUAGGACUGCCCAAUUUUGUGAGAGGAGUGUACCCGUAUCUGAAUGGGAAGCAUCUUGGCAGGUCACCAGAAAUGUACUAGGUCUUGACAGUGCAAAGGGCAGAUGGGAGGAGGAAGUCAAUGACUUGGAUGAAGAGGACGAGGAUGUGAAAGAAGAAGAAAAAGAAUGUGGAAUUGAUGAACUAGUAAAAAGGCUCAAGCCCAAAGAUAAAACCAAAACUGUAAAAGAACGUAUCGAUGGUCUGUUUGCAUUUCACUUACCUCAUCAAUGGAAUGAGGCUUGGAAACAACCUAGAACACAGCCAAAGGAAUAUCAUUGGACACAGAAUGACUCUACUGUCACACAAUAUGGGUCAAUGAUCCUCCAACCUCACAUAAGGAAUCAUCUUGCAGACUGGAAGGAAUCAUGGAGAUGUUCAAAGCUCCGACCCAGUUUUGGCAGGCCCUCAAAGACUGAGUGGAAAAACUCAAGUUUAUUGGGUAAUAUGCUGAAAACAAAUCAACAACAUUGGAUGAGAAAGGUAGCUCUUGAGAAAUGUUCGGACCAUAUUGACAGCUAUGGGGUAUUUUGUAUUCCAAGAAUGAGAAUGAGAGCGGAAGUGCUGAACUUCACAAGCUCAAUUGAGAAGUUCAAGUUUUCAUCCCAAUGGAAGCACUCUUGUAAGUAUGCAAAAUCCAAACAAAUUGCUAACAUUAUUGAGAUCGGAGACACCCAAUCUGAGUCAGAUUUGUCGAGGGCAUGGAAACUAAAAAAGGCCUCACAACACCAAGACAACAGUCAUCUGAAUGGAGGCUGGUCCUUUACGGAAAACAUCAAACAAGAUAGAUGGCAAAGAGAACAUGGGAAGUAUGGCCACAAUGGCCCAAAUGGUGUUGGAGACUGGGGAGACUCCUGGGGCACCACUGGGGGGCAGUGUCCUGCCGUUUGUACAACAGGGGCACAUGCCUUAGCCCUGCAGCAGCAGCUCCAAAAAUACCUCUAUGAGGCAGGAUGGGGGGACUCCUGGCAGCUGUCUGGCAGGAAGACCCACCAUGAUGACACUCCGUCUGAGAUACAGAGUCUGAAUUCACUGGAGUUCCCAGCACUUAAAAGGUGCAGGCCUCCACAAACAGAAACAUGGCUCGAGGAGUCCAUGAUAAUCUUGCCCCGGAAAUCCCUCCAUUGUAAGACAGGAAUGGGGCAGUUGAACAGAUCCUCUCACAGUGAAGUCUUUCAUGACACAGUGACUCAAACAAACUGGAUGGAUUCUUGGAAGGUGGCCACACUCCAAGAACACCAUACCAGGUUCAAGUUCAAAAGCAAAGUCCACCUAUUCAAUCCUAUUCUGGAGGAGGAGGAGGUGCCUCCCUGGGCCAGAACCUGGAAGUUUAUAAAUCUUCUCAAACGCCAGGACAAGCUUCUCUGGGAUGUUGGCUGGGAGACCUGCGAUGUGCACGAAUGGUCUCCCUUUCCUAAAUAUGUUCCUCUCCCACCUGUGCCGUCAGAAUGGAGCAUGUCAUGGAAGAUUUGUGGAACAGUGUGUGAAGAGAGUGAUGACAAAGGUCACCACUACUCCUGUCACAGCACAGAUAAAUCAUGUGGCAAAUCGUGCAGAUCUGUUGUAUUUAGCUCAGUCAUUACACAAAAAAUAGAUAAAACAAAAUGCAGACUUUACUCUGAAAUUGAGAAAACCUCGCCUAUUUUUUCUCAAUGGGUAAACUGUAGAAAGUUAGCCAUAACCCAAAAAUGGACAGUGGGAGGGGGGUCUACCACAGCACCUGAAAGCAAAGAGUUGGCUGAGAAGAAAUCACUCAAGUGCAAUGACUCAAAGACACCUGGAGAGGGAGAGGAAGCUUGGUCUGUUUGGGUGAACUCCUGGAAGUCUCGCCUGCCUUCUUAUUCUCCAGAAAAGCCGCCACCUGAGGAAGUCGAGAUGACUGAGAGGGCUGAGGUGACUAUCGCCCUGGACGGCCAGCAGCUGCGUGACCAGUGGGAGACACGUUCCAAUGAGCUGAAGGAGAAGGGGGAUCUUGAGCGCAGUCGAGUAAAGAAAAGUGCCUUGAAUGGGCUGUUUCAAGAAUGGAACUUCCGGCUUGCACAGAGACAGGGAGUCACAGGAGAGAAGAAGGGCAAAGACAUGUCUGACUUCAGGAAGAUUGUGAUCACGCCACCCGAAGUAGAGCAGGAUGAGAAAGCCCUGCAGGCUAAGUUCAAGGUCGCCCGUCCUCCUCCGAGGAAGGUGGCGCCACCACCUCCACCGCCACCAAAGCGUGAGCCUAAACCACCUCCUCCCAAUAGAGAGCGGGCGCCACAGCCAAAGCCAGAGGAGAAGAAACCGGCAGCCAGAACACCCCAACCGGGCAGGGCACCACAACCAGCACCCAGUGCAGCAGGCGCACCUGCAGUCACCAAGAAAGUUGCUUACAAGGAUAAUCUGUCUCAGGCUGGCUGGGAUCAGUCCUGGAAGAUCCUGAAGCCCUUGAUGGACAUGGAGAUGGCCAUGGGCGCAGGGAAGAAGGAGGCAAAAGGAGGCAAAUUCGACGCGCACAAGUAUCGCUGUGUUCAGCGCUCAUUGGAGGAAACAUGGUCGGCGUCAGCAGAAUGGAACAAGUCCAGCCCAUUGCCGAAAAACGAAGUGCAGAAACAUCAUCCAAAGAGUCAGAAACCCAUGAAGUCUGUUCAGCAGCCUGAGAGUUUCAGCGCCAACGACUGGGCAGAAUCAUGGAAGAGCCAAAACCCUGUAUUUCAACAGCAAGAGGAGGCCUGGGGGCAGGAGUGGUCUGGCUAUUGUGUGCACCCCAAGGAUAAAACCAGCAAUGCUGAAUGUAAGGGAGAGAAUCCCCAAGGAUGGGAAGAAUCGUUCAAGUCCUUUAAAUAUGAGCCAAAGAAGGAAGAGGAACACGUUGAAUCGGAGGACUACUGGAAGAAAAAGGAAUUGCGCUUGUACAAAAAGGGCUUGUUUUGUCCUGGUUGGUCCGAGUCAUGGAAAUCACCAGAGAUGAAGAAUGGGCCAUCGAAAGUAACACAAAAUGGGAAUAAUCACAGCGCUAUUGUGGAAGUGUAUUUAAGAGACUGGGCUGAGUCUUGGAAAGCAUGCAGAAACCACAGCUGGAGCAAGGAGUCCUCACUUCAGCGCUACCGCAUUUAUUUCCACAUGAUGUCCAAACGUAUUAUGUUGAACAAUGUAAGGAGCUUCCAGCUGGAAGAGCAGGUGCCAACUGCGGAGUGGACUGAGUCUUGGAAAGUAGCGAAAGGACAAACACAGGCUAAAGACACACAUGAGGUCAGCGCGGCCCAAGAAGUAGACAUUUCCCAGGUUCCUUUGCAGCUCCAGUUUCACAUGUUGAACACCAAGUUCCCUGGCUGGGCUAAGUCCUGGUCCGUGGCCAAACCCCCCAGUGGCGGGGAUGGUGCAGCACAGCCAAGUCCGCAGUGGAAGAACUCCUGGAAGCUCUCCAACCCAAAUCCAUCUGCUGGCGAUGGCACAAAGGCAAGCCAAGACGUUGCAUGUUGGUCAGACGAGCACAAGAAUUACAGAUACAUUCAAUCAGAUGUCGAGGAGUAUGUUACCCCAAGUGAAUGGAGUGAAUGCUGGCAAACCGUGAAGCCCCCACCAAAGGCUGAAGCGAAGCCAGAGCCUACAGAGGGAGAAUCUAUCCUGCAUAGUCACAAUCACGUGCAUAUCGGUCAAUACCCUCUACUGGACUGGACCGACUCCUGGAAGUUCACAAGCAAGCGCACCAAGUCCUACACAGUAUCUCUGUCACGCUGGGGCGACUCCUGGAAGUUCUCAAACCCCAACGAUGAGCACAUGCUCCAGGGGGAGAAGCAAGUGCACAAGCUGAGGGUUAAGGGCCACAGGUACCCAGAAAGUGCUGCAAAGGAGCCAGAGGUUGCAGAGUGGGCUACCUCCUGGAAGCACAUGACACCUGACUCUCCAAAGCCUGACGCUCCUCGGGAGGACAGUGGGGAGUGGGGCGAGUGUUGGAGGCUCUCGAAUCCCCAGCUGUUCCUGAAGAAAGAGGCCUGGAGUGAACAGGAGCACAGCGAGGAGCACCAAGACCUUACUCUGCAGCUGUCGUUCAUGGCGAAGGGAGACAAAAAAGUCUUCAACCCCGAGUUCAGCCAGCCAGAAUGGAAUGAAUCAUGGAGGUUUAUGAAACAGCAGGCAGAGCAUAGAAGAGAAUAAAAUAACACCCUAAGAUGAAUUACCUUUAGGACUAGGUGAUGCUGCACAAUUGUGUUUAUUUAAUGUAUUUUUUCCUUCAUGCUUUUGAAACAGAUGACUGAUGUCCUCAAGGUUUACCAAUGCGACAUAUAAACACUAUUCACUCAAGGAUUUAUUAUUUGAAACCAUAAAUGAAUUCUUGCACAGCAAAAAUCCAACAACAAUAGAUGUGUUUUGUGCUUUUGCAUUUCACCCCAGGCCAUAGCACAAUAAGUCAUUUCAUCAUUUUUUAAAUGAAUCAGCACCAGUGAGAAUAUCAAGCAGGGUGCUAGAAACUGCCUGUUCGCCUUACAAACAUAAACCAAACGUAUGCAAAUACCAUACCAAUGUUUUACUAAUAAAUCAUAUAGCAAAGACUACUUCUUCCCUGUUACCAGAUUGUAUCUAGAACAGUUUAUUUUCACUCAUGUUGGAGCUAAAAUAGUACAGCACAUGCUAAAUAGUCGUGGUUCACAAAUGAUUUACAAAUAGACCUACUGUAUGUAUAUUACAUUUCCAUGAGAAAAUAACUUAUUGAUGACUUGUUGCAGUAGCAGUGAUUUUCCAUUUACGUUAUUUCAUUAUUUUUGUGCAUGUUGGGUGUUUUCUAAAACUACAGUAUGCUCUCUCUGAGAUUUAUUACCUGUGAUUAAGCUCAUUAAAAUGCAAUAUAUACAUA